UAGUGGAUAUUUCUGCCGGCUGCGGCGGCCCCAUUGCCCUUUUGUCUUUUUCUGCGUGACCUCGGGGAAGGCCCCGGUGCGGAGCGUCGCCAAGGACGCCAGGAGGGAGGCGGGAUUGCCGAGAUCUCCUUCGGCGAAGUGCUUGUGUGUUUGCAAACCGCCCUCGGCUGUCGGGAAACGGCUAGGACGUGUCCCGGCUGCGGAAGAGCCGCAGGCUGUGCGGAGGCCGCUCGAGUGAACCGCGCGGGAGGCACGCAGCGCCGCCCCGCGACCCCCAGGCUGCGCCCCCGCCCCGUGCGCCCCCGCGCGCCAUGCCCAGUCGUCCGGCGCGCUCCGCUCCCGGCCCGCGGGGCUCUUGCGCCUUCUAGCUUCGGAGAACCCACUUUGAUCGAGGCCACCAUUUCUAUUGAGCACCCCUCUUCUGUCUCAUAGCCUCCCCACUGGAAUCGGAUUUGAAGACUCCUCCGUGGAAUCGGAGCACUCCCUUUUCCGCGCAUCCGGCCCCUGCAUCUUUACGGCCUUUAGGAGCCCCAGCUCUUUUACCGCCAAGUUGAUCGUUGAGAGACAGACGACGUGUGACCUCCUCCCCGCAGCUUCGGGGUCUCUUUAUAGCCUUGGCCUGGCCGAUUGAUCCUCAGGACCUAAAGUUGCGCCUUCAGGACCCGAGGAGCGCCUGCCCUGCUGGAGGAGGGUGGAGGGGAAGUGGGAGGCGCGUACCUGUGCCAUCUCUACUGCCUUGAAUAUUAUUACUGUUACUUCCAAAUUAUUUUGUGUACAUUUACCCGGACACUCUGGGUUCCUAGCCCUGCGCCAGAGACUGGGCCUCAGACACAGCGCGAUUCGCGCGGAACAAGGAGCUAAGGAGGAACCCCCGGCGCCGGCGAGCGAGGAGGCGGCGGGGGAAGAUGCGCGGCGUCGGCUGGCAAACGCUAUCCCUGUCGCUGGGGUUAGUGCUGGCGAUUCUGAACGAGGUGGCGCCGCAGGCGUGCCCGGCGCAGUGCUCCUGCUCGGGCAGCACGGUGGACUGUCACGGGCUGGCGCUGCGUAGCGUGCCCAGGAAUAUCCCCCGAAACACCGAGAGACUGGAUUUGAAUGGAAAUAACAUCACACGGAUUACCAAGACAGAUUUUGCUGGUCUUAGACACUUAAGAGUUCUUCAGCUUAUGGAGAAUAAGAUUAGCACCAUUGAAAGAGGAGCAUUCCAGGAUCUUAAAGAACUGGAGAGACUGCGUUUGAACAGAAAUCACCUUCAGCUGUUUCCUGAGUUGCUGUUUCUUGGGACUUCGAAGCUCUACAGGCUUGAUCUCAGUGAAAACCAAAUUCAGGCAAUUCCAAGGAAGGCUUUCCGUGGGGCAGUUGACAUUAAAAAUCUGCAACUGGAUUACAACCAGAUCAGCUGUAUUGAAGAUGGAGCAUUUAGGGCUCUCCGGGACCUUGAAGUGCUCACUCUCAACAAUAACAACAUUACUAGACUUUCUGUGGCAAGUUUCAACCAUAUGCCUAAACUUAGGACUUUUCGCCUCCAUUCGAACAACCUAUAUUGCGACUGUCACCUCGCCUGGCUCUCUGACUGGUUGCGACAAAGGCCCCGGGUUGGUCUCUACACUCAGUGUAUGGGUCCAUCCCACCUGAGGGGCCAUAAUGUAGCUGAGGUUCAAAAACGAGAAUUUGUCUGCAGUGAUGAGGAAGAAGGUCACCAGUCAUUUAUGGCUCCUUCUUGCAGUGUUUUGCACUGUCCAGCUGCUUGUACCUGUAGCAACAAUAUCGUAGACUGUCGUGGGAAAGGUCUCACUGAGAUCCCCACGAAUCUGCCAGAGACCAUCACAGAAAUACGUUUGGAACAGAACUCAAUCAAGGUCAUCCCUCCUGGAGCUUUCUCACCAUAUAAAAAGCUUAGAAGAAUUGACCUGAGCAAUAAUCAGAUCUCCGAACUAGCACCAGAUGCUUUCCAAGGACUACGCUCUCUGAAUUCACUUGUCCUCUAUGGAAAUAAGAUCACGGAACUCCCAAAAAGUUUAUUUGAAGGACUGUUUUCCUUACAGCUACUAUUAUUGAAUGCCAACAAGAUAAACUGCCUUCGGGUAGAUGCUUUUCAGGAUCUGCACAACUUGAACCUUCUCUCCUUGUACGACAACAAGCUUCAGACCAUUGCCAAGGGGACCUUUUCACCUCUCCGGGCCAUUCAAACCAUGCAUUUGGCCCAGAACCCCUUUAUUUGUGACUGCCAUCUCAAGUGGCUGGCGGAUUAUCUCCAUGUCAACCCCAUCGAGACCAGUGGUGCCCGCUGCACCAGCCCCCGGCGUCUGGCAAACAAAAGAAUAGGACAAAUCAAAAGCAAGAAAUUCCGUUGUUCAGCUAAAGAACAGUAUUUCAUUCCAGGAAUUCACCAUUUUGGCUGUACAGAAGAUUAUCGAUCAAAAUUAAGUGGGGACUGCUUUGCAGAUUUGGCUUGCCCUGAGAAGUGCCGCUGUGAAGGGACCACGGUAGAUUGUUCCAAUCAGAAACUCACCAAAAUCCCAGACCACAUUCCCCAGUACACCGCAGAGCUGCGUCUCAAUAAUAAUGAAUUCACAGUGUUGGAAGCUACAGGAAUCUUCAAGAAACUUCCGCAGUUACGUAAAAUAAACUUUAGCAACAAUAAGAUCACAGACAUUGAAGAGGGAGCAUUUGAAGGAGCAUCAGGUGUAAAUGAAAUACUUCUCACGAGUAAUCGUUUGGAAAACGUUCAGCAUAAGAUGUUCAGGGGAUUAGAAAGCCUGAAAACUUUGAUGUUGAGAAGUAAUCGCAUAAGCUGUGUUGGCAAUGACAGUUUCAUAGGACUGAGUUCUGUGCGUUUGCUUUCUUUAUAUGAUAAUCAAAUCACUACCAUUGCACCAGGGGCAUUUGAUACUCUGCAUUCUUUAUCUACCCUAAACCUGUUGGCCAAUCCGUUUAACUGUAACUGCUACCUGGCUUGGCUUGGGGAAUGGCUCAGGAAGAAAAGGAUCGUAACCGGAAAUCCUCGAUGUCAAAAACCAUAUUUCCUCAAAGAAAUCCCCAUCCAGGAUGUUGCCAUUCAAGACUUUACGUGUGAUGAUGGAAAUGAUGACAAUAGCUGUUCUCCACUGUCUCGCUGCCCCACGGAAUGUACAUGCUUGGAUACAGUCGUCCGAUGUAGCAAUAAGGGCUUGAAGGUCUUGCCCAAAGGUAUUCCAAGAGAUGUCACUGAAUUGUAUCUGGAUGGGAACCAAUUUACACUGGUUCCUAAGGAGCUCUUUAACUACAAACAUUUAACACUUAUAGACUUAAGUAACAACCGAAUAAGCACCCUUUCUAAUCAGAGCUUCAGCAACAUGACCCAGCUCCUCACCUUAAUUCUUAGUUACAACCGUUUGAGAUGUAUUCCUCCUCGAACCUUCGAUGGAUUGAAGUCUCUUCGAUUACUUUCAUUACAUGGAAAUGACAUUUCUGUUGUGCCCGAAGGUGCUUUUAAUGAUCUUUCUGCAUUAUCACACCUAGCAAUUGGAGCCAACCCUCUUUACUGUGAUUGUAACAUGCAGUGGUUAUCAGACUGGGUAAAGUCGGAAUACAAAGAACCUGGAAUUGCGCGCUGUGCUGGUCCUGGAGAAAUGGCAGAUAAAUUAUUACUCACAACUCCUUCCAAAAAAUUUACAUGUCAAGGGCUCCCAGGGCCCUGCGGCUUCCUGAGGCCAGGUCCCGUGGAUGUCAAUAUUCUAGCUAAAUGUAAUCCCUGCUUAUCAAAUCCGUGUAAAAAUGAUGGCACCUGUAACAAUGACCCAGUUGACUUUUAUCGCUGCACAUGUCCGUAUGGUUUCAAGGGGCAGGACUGUGAUGUUCCUAUUCAUGCAUGCAUCAGUAACCCAUGUAAACAUGGAGGAACUUGCCACUUAAAGGAAGGAGAAAAAGAUGGAUUCUGGUGUAUUUGUGCUGAUGGAUUUGAAGGAGAAAAUUGUGAAGUCAAUGUUGAUGACUGUGAAGAUAACGAUUGUGAAAAUAACUCUACGUGCGUUGAUGGAAUUAACAACUACACGUGCCUUUGCCCACCUGAGUACACAGCUGCUAAUCUGAAUGAGGUGGAAAAAGGCGAGUUGUGUGAGGAGAAGCUGGACUUCUGUGCCCAGGACCUGAACCCCUGCCAGCAUGACUCCAAGUGCAUCCUGAUGCCAAAGGGAUUCAAAUGUGACUGCACACCAGGAUACAUAGGCGAGCACUGCGACAUUGACUUUGAUGACUGCCAAGAUAACAAAUGCAAAAACGGAGCCCACUGCACAGAUGCCGUGAAUGGCUAUACGUGCAUCUGCCCCGAAGGCUACAGUGGCUUGUUCUGCGAAUUUUCUCCACCCAUGGUCCUCCCUCGUACCAGCCCCUGUGAUAAUUUUGAUUGCCAGAAUGGUGCCCAGUGCAUCAUCAGGAUAAAUGAGCCAAUAUGCCAGUGUUUGCCAGGCUACCAGGGAGAGAAGUGUGAAAAGUUGGUUAGUGUGAAUUUUGUAAACAAAGAGUCUUAUCUUCAAAUUCCUUCAGCCAAGGUCCGUCCACAAACGAACAUCACUCUGCAGAUUGCCACAGACGAAGACAGUGGAAUCCUCCUGUAUAAAGGCGACAAGGACCAUAUUGCCGUCGAACUGUAUCGGGGACGGGUUCGUGCCAGCUACGACACCGGCUCCCACCCGGCUUCUGCCAUUUACAGCGUGGAGACGAUCAAUGAUGGAAACUUCCACAUUGUGGAACUACUUGCCCUGGAUCAGAGUCUCUCCCUUUCUGUGGAUGGAGGGAGCCCCAAAAUCAUCACCAACUUGUCAAAGCAGUCGACUCUGAAUUUUGACUCUCCGCUCUAUGUAGGAGGCAUGCCCGGGAAGAACAACGUGGCCGCGGCCCUGCGCCAGGCCCCUGGGCAAAACGGCACCAGCUUCCACGGCUGCAUCCGGAACCUUUACAUCAACAGUGAGCUCCAGGACUUCCGCAAGGUGCCCAUGCAAACCGGCAUCCUGCCAGGCUGUGAGCCGUGCCACAAGAAGGUGUGUGCCCACGGCACGUGCCAGCCCAGCAGCCAGUCCGGCUUCACCUGUGAGUGUGAGGAGGGAUGGACCGGGCCCCUCUGUGACCAGAGGACCAAUGACCCCUGUCUGGGAAAUAAAUGUGUGCACGGCACCUGCCUGCCCAUCAAUGCAUUCUCCUACAGCUGUAAGUGUCUGGAGGGCCACGGGGGAGUCCUCUGUGAUGAAGAGGAGGACCUCUUUAACCCCUGCCAGGGGAUCAAGUGCAAGCAUGGGAAAUGCAGGCUCUCAGGACUUGGGCAGCCCUACUGUGAAUGCAGCAGUGGAUACACCGGGGACAGCUGUGAUCGAGAACUCUCAUGUCGAGGGGAGCGAAUAAGAGAUUAUUACCAAAAGCAGCAGGGCUAUGCCGCGUGCCAGACAACCAAGAAGGUGUCCCGGCUGGAAUGCAGGGGUGGAUGUACGGGAGGCCAGUGCUGCGGACCCCUGAGGAGCAAGCGACGGAAAUACUCUUUCGAAUGCACUGACGGGUCUUCGUUUGUGGACGAGGUGGAAAAGGUGGUGAAGUGUGGCUGUACCAGGUGCGCCUCCUAAGCGCGUCCCUGGCAGCGUUUGUCUUUGGGAAAUGUCGUCUACUUCUUGACCAUGUUGGACUAAUUAAUAAUGCUUCAUAGUGGAAAUAUUUGAAAUAUAUUGUAAAAUACAGAACAGACUUAUUUUUAUUAUGAGAAUAAAGACUUUUUUUUUUUUCCUGCAUUUGGGAACAAAAAAAAAAAAUGCUUGAACUAACGCUUCCCCGAUGCUAGAGAAGUAUGAAGAGAGAGAUACCUGGAGGCAUCAGAACGAAAGUGGGAAUCAUUGCAACUCGAAUUCAUCUUUGCGACAUGCUGAAGACAGAAGCACAGGCAAAGGGAGAGCCGAGCUGCCCUGUGCUGCCGUGAAAUCGCCCAGAGCAUAAAACCCAUGCGCCCUCGUCCUCCUCUUUGUGGUUUAUGAGGACAGACCAAGCACGUGCGUGUGAAUGUGAGGACGCAAGGCGGAGGAAUGGGAUUCUAGAGUUCAUAGGACAAAUGGUUGAGAAAUACGAUGUGCAAAAUAGUGUCCUGAAGACAACGGUUCUAUUCCCGAGAGAGAUGGGAGUACUAAAAUAAGUUUUAUGUUCUUUGUAAACGUCAGCAUGUUAGCAGAAGAAGCACACAAAAGUGUUUAUCUACCGUUUUCCAGUAUUAAUUUUUUGUAAUAUAAAUGAUAAAGGAGAUGAUAAAGAACCAAUAGAUUAUUGAUAAAUAAAUUAGUAAUAAUAUGAAUUUUUGUUUCUAUGAGUUCUAAACAGCCCUAUACAGUAUUCAGUUUCCAUGAGAAAUAUUUAUUGUAUCAAAGUACAUUGUACUUAACAUUUUAGGCCAUUCUUUUACUGUUUCUCAAUGCUUUAAUAUAUAUUAAUUUAUAAUUGUCCUGAUAUUUUUGUAUAUUUUUCAAACUUAAAAGUCAGGAUCUUUUUGGGUUUUUUUGGCAAUAGUACUAACAUAGGGUGUUAUCUUGGGAUAAAUGUGUGUUGAUCUGUUUGUUUACCUUGACAUCUGACCACUGGUGUCACUGACCUACUGGCCUCAUUCAGGACACCUGCAGAGUGUAAAGUCGAUGCGUGAGAUGGUCAUUGUACAGAAAGAAGUGGCCCGCCCCUCUGCAACAUGUCCCCACAAAACAGAGAUGGUAUAUAGCAGUCAACACUAGAAGAGUAGGUAUUUUACAAAUUAAUAUUUCCUUGACAUUUUUUGCCCUUUUAUUGCGGGUGGGUGGGGAGAAAAGAAGGCUGUAAUGUCAAGAACUGUGAUUUUUUUUUCCCCAACAAUAAAGCUCCUUUAUUACCUUAAUGUUCCCAUGUUAACAUGUUUGCUGCUAAAUUACAAUGUAGAAUUGAUAAUGAUUUAUAGUGGACUGUGCUCUUCCCUUAUUAAAAUCCCAGGGUGCCCUGUGAAGAUGCAGAUGUUUCUUUUCAAAAAACUUUUUUUACACAAAAAAUUAGAUGUACAUGUAUAAUUCAUUGUGCUUUGUCUUUCUCCAGACUAAUAUCAGUUAUACUACUGAUGGUUGUAAAUUAAACAGAUAUUUACUUCACUAA